AUGCGCUUAAAUGCCUCAAUUGAUGUAGUGAGGUUUCUCUUAAGAAAUGGUUUUCCAUUUCGUGGUCAUGAUGAGAGUGAAGAUUCCGAAUACAAAGGUAUUUUUCUUGAACUUUUGAAAUUUCAUGGAGAUAAGCAUCCGGAUGUGGGAAAAGUGAUAUUACGUCAUGCUCCAAAAAAUGAUAUGAUGAUUUGUCCAACCAUUCAAAAGGAGAUAGUGUAUGCUUGUGCUAAAGAAACCAUUAAAGCUAUUAUCAAAGAUUUAGAUGGUGAUUAUUUUGGAAUAUCGGUUGAUGAAUCAAAGGACAUCUCACAUAAGGAGCAAAUGGCCCUAGUUCUACGAUAUGUUAACAAAAAUGGGGAGGUGAUAGAGAGAUUUUUGGGCAUUGUCCAUGUGAAAUAUACAUAUGCACAAUCACUGAAGGAUGCAAUUUAUUCUUUGAUUUUGGAUGACUCAUUAAGUUCAUCCAAGAUACGUGGACAGGGUUAUGAUGGAGCAAGUAAUGUGCAGGGAAAAAUAAAUGGCCUAAAGACUUUAAUUUUGCAAGAUGCUCCAUCUGCAUAUUAUAUUCACUGUUUUGCGCAUCAAUUGCAAUUGACAACUUUAGCUCUUUCUAAAAAGCAUUUGGAUGUGAAUAAUUUCUUUGAUGUUGUCACUAAUUUGUUGAAUACUAUUGGAGCAUCUUUUAAACUUAGGGAAUUACUUCGACAACAUCAAGUAGAGAAGUUGCAAGAAUUACUUAAAAAUGGAGAAGUUUAUACCGGGCAGGGAUUGAAUCAAGAAUGUGGCCUCCAACGAUCGGAUCAAGAUAUCGUCAAUGCUAUGAGGUUACUUGACCUUGCAAAGAUAAGAUUGCAAACAAUGAGAGAAAGUGAAUUGGAGUCUUUAAUGGAUGAGGUUUACUCAUUUUGUGGUAACCAUGGUAUUUUAGUUCCCAAAAUGGAUGAAAGAUAUCCCAGGUCGAAGCAUAAGAGGUCAGAUGUUUCAUAUUCACAUCACUUUCGUGUGGAAUUAUUUUAUGCUAUUAUUGAUUUCCAACUUCUGGAGCUCAAUUAUCGUUUUGAUGUAGUGACUAGUGACUUACUCCUUGGUAUGGCUAGUUUAAAUCCGGUUGAUUCAUUUGCUAAUUUUGACGAAGAUAGAAUAAUGAAGUUAGCCGAGUAUUAUCCAAGUGAGUUUGUGAUAGGGAGCUUCGGGAUCUCAGUUACCAGCUUGAUAGUUUCAUUGUCUAUGCUCGAAAGUGUGAUACCGCGUUUCUCAAUUUGA